GACGAGGACGAGGACGAGGACGAUACAUCUAUAAUUGCAAUUAUAAUUACGAUACUAUGACAACAAUGACAACGGAUAGGAUGAUGAGAUCUAACUGCCCAGGUGGCGGUUUGUACGUUGUGGAGGGUGAGAUUGGCCUCCUUAUGACAGCGAUGCGUCGUGGAGUGCGCUGGUCUUCACACUCUCACCAGGAUGAAGAUCAAGAUGUGUUAAUGAAAGGGCUUACAACUUUAAAGGAAGCCUUAAAUGAAACUAAGAACUUAUCUCUGGUAGAACCAGGAGUAUUUAUGGCUCCUUUUUUAGAAAUAAUCCGUUCUGAGGAAACAACAGGCCCUGUAACUAGUCUUGCUUUAUCUGCUGUCAAUAAAAUAAUUUCUUAUGGUUUAAUUGAUGCUGAACAUCCUGCUGUUGCACCGUGUGUAGAAGCUAUAGCAGAUGCAGUUACUCAUGCAAGAUUUGUCGGAACUGAUGCAUCUGGAGAUGGAGUUGUUCUUAUGAGAAUACUUCAAGUCUUGAAAGCUCUUGUUUUAUCUCAUCCAGGUGAUAAUCUUUCUAAUGAAAGUGUUUGUGAAAUUAUGCUUAGUUGUUUUAGGAUAUGUUUUGAAACUCGUCUUACUGAAUUAUUGAGGAAAACAGCAGAACAUUGUUUGCGUGAUAUGGUACAGCAUCUUUUUGUAAGGUUACCUCAAUUUUCUGACGAUAUUCGUGGUCUUUUAAACAUGAAAAAAAUGAGAACUAGCAAUAUGGAAAGUACAAGAAAUAAAUCGAAGAAAAAUAAAGUAAAUUUAAAGCCAAAGAUAAAAUCAAAUUUUAAUGACAUUGAUGAUACCGAAACUCAACUUCUUAGUUCAGCUGAAAAAGUAAAGAUUAAUCAUUUAGCUACUACUCCAGUAAUGCCUGCUGGUAACAUUGUUGAUAUGCAAGGGUCACUCAAUCAAGUUGCACCUGAUAAAAUGGAAGAGGAUAAGAGUGAGAAUAAAACCGGUGGAUUUAAAACUGAGUGUAGUAAAAAUGUUAGCAAUAAAGAUAGUGUCACUGUUGAAACAAGCAAGAAAGACUUAAAUUUAUUUGGUGACAAUGUUAUAAUCAAAAGUGAUAAUGAAAGUAAAGUAGAAUUGCAAAGUCCAAAUGUAGAGAGUAAACAGUUUGAAUCUUCAACAGAAAUGAAUCAAAUUAUUCUUUCCACGUCAGAAUCCUUGACGAAACAAAAUAUUUUAGACAGUCAAGAUGACAAGAGCAACUUCAUACAAUCUCCAGCAGGCAGUGUUGAAGAUUUAUCAGUUGAGGAAUCAAAUACUAUUAAUGCGAAUCUAUCUGCAGUUAAAAUAAGCAGUGAGUCAGCCGAAGAAUACAUGAAUGCUCAAAGUGUUCGAUUUAUACCACUGCAGCAACAUCCACCAUAUGGUUCACUAUGCAUAAGAGAAUUAUUCCGGUUCCUAGUUUCGUCAUGUAGUCCUCUUGAUAAACAAAACACUGAAAUUAUGAUGCAUUUUGGCUUAAGUCUUUUACAAGUAACUUUAGAAGUGGCAGCUGAUGCAUUAUCUAAUUUUCCAUCUUUACUUGCUCUUGCUAAAGAUGAUUUAACGCGAAAUUUAAUUUUAUUAUUAGGAAUGGAUAGAUUGUCAAUUUUAGCUGCGAAUUUGCAAGUAUCAUUUUUACUUUUUGAAUCACAAAGAGAACACUUAAAAUUUCAGAUGGAACAAUUUAUUGUUAAAUUAAUGGAAUUAGUUCAUUCUGAUUCCAACAGAAUAUCUUAUGAGCAACGUGAACUUGCAUUAGAAGCUAUAGUUCGAUUAUGGAAAAUACCUGGGUUACCAGCAGAAUUAUUUAUAAAUUACGAUUGUGGUUUGUUUUCUAUAAAUUUAUAUGAGGAAUUAAUGAAAAUGUUAUCAAAGAAUAUAUCAGCUUUAGUUGGAAAUAUGUACAGUAUGCAAUUUAUUUCGUUGGAUGCCAUUUUUUCAUUAAUUGCUGGAAUGGAAGCAAGAUGUAAAGAUUAUACCAAUGUAUUAAAAUCUUCAAGACACAGUGGCUUGGCAAAUCUUCCAUCCCGAGAAGAAUUACUUGAGAUUAAAGCUCAAAAGAGAUGGUUAGCUAUAGGUUCAGAAAAGUUUAACGAAAAUCCAAGGGAAGGUAUUGAGAAAUUAGGUGAACAUGGUCUUCUUGGAGAAAAUCCUAGACACCCUAAUCCAGAUAAAAUCGCUAAAUUACUUCGUGAAAAUCCGACAUUAGAUAAAAAGGCAAUUGGAGAAUAUCUCAGUAAAAAGGAGAAUACAAAUAUUUUACAUUCAUUUGUGCAUAGUUUUAAUUUAUACAAUACACGCAUUGAUCAAGCUGUUCGUCAAUACAUGGAGACUUUUCGAUUACCAGGCGAAGCACCUCUUAUCUCUCUAUUACUCGAAAAAUUUGCAGAACAUUGGCAUGAAAGUAAUAAUAGACCUUUUGCUUCUGCCGAUGCCGCAUUUACAUUAGCAUACGCUAUAAUUAUGCUUAACGUCGAUCAGCAUAAUCACAAUGUUAAACGACAAAGUAAUCCGAUGACUGCAGAAGAAUUUAAAAAGAAUUUAAAAAAAAUCAAUGGAGGUGCGGAUUUUAAUCAAGACAUGCUUGAAGAAAUAUAUACAGCAGUAAAAAAUGAAGAAAUAAUCAUGCCAGCAGAGCAGACAGGUCUUGUAAAAGAAAAUUAUUUAUGGAAAUGUCUUUUGCGAAGAGGAGCUAGUCCUGAAAGUAUAUAUGCAAAAGUAGGCGACUCUAGUGAAUUUAUUGAUAAAGAAUUAGCUGAAAGAGCAUGGGCACCUAUUAUUAGUGCCCUUUGUCGAGCUUACGACAAAGCUCCAGAUCGCGCGUUACAGCGUAAAGUUGCUCAAACAUUCCUUAGUUGUGCUACGAUAAGUGCUCAUUAUGGCAUGACCAGCGAUCUAGAUACCCUCAUUGUGAGUUUGUGCAAAUUCACGGGUCUGGCGGCUGGCGGUCAAGUCGAUCAAAUUGUCCUCAAACUUGGUGGGAGUGGAACCUGCCAAUUAGCAACACGCACACUUUUCAAGAUCUGUCACAUGCAUGGUGAUGCACUCCGGGCCUCCUGGAAGAACAUAAUAGACUGUCUGCAGAUGCUAUUUAAGGCUAAUCUGUUGCCAAAAAACCUAACUGAGGGCGAAGACUUCCUCGACCCAACUGGUAAAGUGAGCUUGAUUAGGGAGUCAAUAACUCCCAAGCCACCACCAGUUGAACAGGGACUCCUUUCGAGUCUUUAUUCAUACAUAGCAUCCGACACUUCGCGUACGUCCCAUCCGGUUGUCACUGUAGCCAAGAAAAGGGCAAUAGAGUGUAUCGCUCACUGUUAUCUUAAGCAAAUUUUUGAAGAAAGCAAGUUUUUGCAGGUAGAGUCGCUGAGGUCACUAGUGACGGCCUUGGUGUCGGCAAGUGCGAGUGACGAGGGAGCGGCGGUGUUUCUAUUGGAGCAACUACUUGAUGUAACUGUCCAAAAUCGCGACAGAGUCAGUUGUAUUUGGCCAGUAGUCCAAGCACAAUUGGAUGGGUUAUUGACGAGUGCGGCACGUGACAAUCAGCCUCAUCUUCUGGAACGUGCGACUGUUGGAAUGUUGAGACUUGCGGUGCGACUGCUCCGAGGCGAGGAAUUUGCCCGCACCGUUUUAGCACCGCUGGCGCCUCUCGGCCAAUUGACCUCAGUUGCGACGCCACCUCUCGCUCGCCAGAUCGCCUACGGCCUCGCAGAGCUCCUCGAAACCGGUGCCGCGAACAUCCACAGUACCGAGGAUUGGCGCAUAGUAUUUAGCUUACUCGAAUGCACUGGUGCUGGGGCCUUACAACCAAGGCAAAAUAUCAUCAUGGCCGAGACUACUGUACGCGGAUCGCCCGUUCUGAUGCUCGAUCAUCGUCCGGCAAGUCCAGUGCCAGAGUGGGUGUUAGUUUCGCCGACAGGUACAGAAGCUCCGUUACCUGUCGCCGCAGAUACCAUUGUUCUCGACCGUGAGCUUCAGCCCCACGACCCGACGGCCCUUGUCAAAUGCUGCGAGAGCCUGACCUUUCUUGUGCGCGAUGUUGCUCAUGUUACGCCCUUUAACUUCGAAUUGUGCGUGCGUUGUGUAAGGACUUUCGCUGAGGCCGUACUUUGUUCAGCGACGAGGCGCACUAGAGUACAUAACGGAACUGAUGAGCCCCCCAGCUACCAGCAGACGCCUUUGCAGCUUCUCGAUCUCAUGCAUACGCUUCACACGAAGACGGCUCAGGUGUUUCGCUGGUGGGCCGAGGAGGAGAACAACGCAAGUGGGAUUGGAAAAGGGACCGUAACUCCGGUUUCACUUUGGCCUCAGGCUUGGCGUCCACUUCUUCAGGGUAUAGCGCGACUCUGCUGCGACUCACGGCGUCCGGUGCGCGCUGCUGCCAUCACCUUCCUUCAGAGCACACUUCUUGCCCACGAUCUUGGCCAGCUUUCUGCCGUUGAAUGGUCACAGUGCCUUGAGCAAGUGCUGUUCCCGCUGUUGGCUCAGCUCCUGGGCCCCAUCGCCGCCAACGAUCCCCUCGCCGUCGAGGAGACGAGAGUGCGUGCGGCGAUGCUCCUUUCCAAGGUCUUCCUUCAUCAUCUGAAUCCAUUGUUGACGCUGUCCGGCUUUUUGCCCCUCUGGCUAACAGUCCUUGAUCUUCUGCGGGCUUACAUGCACGCUGACAAUAGCGAGAACCUCUACGAAGCGAUUCCCGAAUCUCUGAAGAACAUGCUUCUGGUAAUGUCGUCCGCAGGUGUGCUACAGGUGGAUUCGUAUUUAUGGACGCCGACGUGGCGCGCUAUCGAUGCCUUUCUGCCUAACUUAAAGAAUGAGCUUUUUCCGAAGCCAAUGAGUCUUUCCGAGCAGAAACUUCUCACGUACUCCGUACCGGUGCUUUCCUACUCUGAAGAUCAGCCUGCACCAUCCAUGCCGAGGCCGCAACAAGAGGAGCCUACGAAUAUGGUUCUACCUUCUUUCCUCCUUGAUGCCAAGGAGCCCCAACAGAUGAUCAGCCUUAUGAGCCAACCAGUUCCGGGUGUCUCGAGUCCUGUUACCAUACAACCCACGUCUCCAAUUUAUGUAGCUUUACCGCAGGAGCAGAUGCCCGAGCAGCAACAGCAGGUGCCGUUAUGCUACCAAGCUCUUGAUAUCGAUAACUCGGGCUCACCUACUAAACAUCACUUUGCUCAUAUGCCUCAAAUGCAGGACUUUGAUAGUGGCGUCUACUCGGAGACUCUCAAGCAUACGGUUGAAUGCGAGACUCAGUCUGAGAUACCAGCAGGAGACACCGCUAUGAUAUUUAAUUCGGCUGCGUACUUCAGUGAGGAUCCUGCAACAGAUCGUCUUUUUAUUAUCACUAAUCCUUGACUAUAUACUGUACAUUUUUCGUGUAUAUUGUAUUAUAUAAAUUCUUCUAUAUCACAUAAUAAUAUUGGAACACAUGCGGUAAAUGAAAUGAAAAAGUCAAGUUCACACCUUAGAAUCUUUGGCUUGUAUAUUUGGCAAAAAACAUGCAUAUUAUGUACAUUAUAUAAAAUGCAUAUUUAUAUUACAACAUAUUAAUAAUAAUGUUUAUAACAAGUACUGACUCAUGGAUUUUCAUUUUCAACGAACAAAUACGUAACUUUACAUAUUAAGA